GUGUGGACCCGGACGGCACUUGGAAUCGGGACUAGUCGGAGCGGCGCCUUGCCCGCAGCCCAAUUCCUGCGAGCGGCGUUAUCGCGCCGAGAAAAUGGCGUCGCGGCCCGCGGGGCCCUUUCCGGCCCCUGACAGAGGAGUCGCGGAGGAGCGCGCGCGGCCGGGCGGGCGGUCUGCGUCUGGUUGAAUUGUGUGGUCCAGGCCGGUCCGGGCCUCGGAGGCGGGGGAGCCCAGGAGUGCGAGUCGGAGUUGAGGGCCCGCCCGCCCGCGGCCGCAGGUUCUCGGCUCUGUGGUCGAGCACUGUGUGGGACGGUGACUGGGCCUGGGCGCGCGUCCGCGGGUGUGCGGGCCGGUAUCUCGUGGUGGGGGAGGGGUGCUUUGAGGAAGAUUUAGUCCCGGUCUCGUGUGUGACUUAGCGCCUGGGCGUUCCCCCCCACCCCCGCAUUACCUCUUACCGAUAUUGGUGGCCAGGUGCGUGUUAAAGUAGAUGGAUCUUAAGUGACUGAGUAAAAGACCUUGGUUUUGAUUGGGAGUGUAUAUUUAAUUUUCCACAAAAAGAGGUUUCUUGUUAUACUUGAUUAACUGGAGAUUCUGUCACACAAACUCAGUUGUGUACAGAAGAGAAACAGCACACAGAAAAGGUUGUGCAACUGAUUGCCCCUGCCAGCACCCAUGACCAGCACUUUCCUCCUGGCAUUCAGGGCAUGUGUAGCAUCACAAUGGCUUGCUGAGACUAUGUGCUAGGGGGCUGAGGGAGGCCCAGGUCGGUCUUGAAGGUGAGGUAGCAUGUCUUCCUGUGAGACAGUUCGUUCGCGGGAAUUUUCUAUUGCCAUUAAAGCUCUCUGGACCUCUGGAGCUUGCCCGGGAAGCAGUUCCUUUUGGUUGUUGGAAGCUCCAGAAUCUUCUCACUGAUGGACUGAGAUUGACAGAGGUGCGGUGAGGCCUGGCUGUCUGCUGGACCUGGUUCCCAGGUUCAUUGUUAUAUGUAGGAUUUUCAGCCAAAGAUUUCCAAACUUUCAGUUUGGGGACAGGGUUUUCGUUUAAUACCAAUCCUUUCCCUAAGAUGGAGCAUGUAAUAAAAUCAUUCAUCACUAGCAUUUAAAUGCUAUUGAAGUUUGGACAGCUAGGAAAAGAAUUCUCAAGGUAUGGAUGGCAAAGGGCACCUGAGCAAUGAGGAAGCACCCAAGGCUAUCAAACCCACCAGUAAAGAGUUCAGGAAAACCUGGGGGUUUCGAAGAACCACGAUUGCCAAACGUGAGGGUGCAGGAGACACCGAGGUGGACCCCAGUGAGCAGCCACCACAACAGCAUAGCCUCUCCCUGCGCCGCAGUGGACGGCAGCCAAAGCGCACCGAGAGAGUAGAAGAGUUCCUAACCACAGUUCGCCGCCGAGGGAGAAAGAAUGUGCCGGUCUCCCUGGAGGAUUCCAGUGAACCCACAUCCUCCACAGUCACUGAUGUGGAAACGGCCUCAGAAGGGAGUGUGGAGAGUAGUUCUGAGAUCAGAAGUGGCCCUGCACCGGGCUCCUCAGGAAAAGAACAACAUCCUGCCUCUUCUGAAAAGGCAAAAGGAGGUGAUGAGGAAGAAGACACCUCUGACAGUGACAGCGAUGGCCUAACUUUGAAGGAACUUCAGAACCGCCUUCGAAGGAAGCGAGAACAAGAACCUGUGGAGAGGCCCCUGAGAGGCGCUCAGAAUCGCCUAAGGAAGAAACGCCGAGAGGAGGACCCUGCUGAAACUGGGAGUGCCCUAGCUGGCAGUACUGAUGAGAACGCACCUGUUUGUAAGCAGGAGCCUGAAGCUAGUCAGGGACCAGUGUCCCAGUCAGAGAAAGAUGACAAAGAAAAUCAGUCAGAGGGGAAAGCAACUCAGGGAAGUAAAGAGGAAGGCCCCAGGGAUGCGGGCAAACCAAAGCCUGAGUGUGAGGUUUACGACCCCAAUGCCCUGUACUGCAUCUGCCGCCAGCCUCACAACAACAGGUUUAUGAUCUGCUGUGAUCGAUGUGAGGAGUGGUUCCAUGGUGACUGUGUGGGUAUUUCUGAGGCCCGAGGGCGACUCCUGGAGAGGAAUGGGGAAGACUACAUCUGCCCAAAUUGCACCAUUUUGCAAGUUCAGGAUGAGACGGGUGCCAGUGCCACUGAUGAGCAGGACACUGGGUGCAGACCUGUAGGUGCUGAUGGCACAGACUGUACAAGCAUAGGGGUAGUAGAACAGAAGUCUGGUGAAGACCAGGGGAUAAAGGGUAGAAUUGAAAAGGCGGCAAACCCCAGCGGCAAGAAAAAACUCAAGAUAUUCCAGCCUGUCAUAGAGGCUCCUGGUGCUGCUAAGUGCAUUGGCCCUGGGUGUUCCAGUGUAGCACAGCCUGAUUCAGUGUACUGCAGUAAUGAUUGCAUUCUCAAACACGCUGCAGCUACUAUGAAAUUUCUAAGUUCAGGUAAAGAACAAAAACCAAAACCCAAGGAAAAGGUCAAGAUGAAGCCAGAAAAGUUCAAUCUUCCAAAAUGCAGUGUUCAGGUGGGGAUUAAAAUCUCUUCUGUGCACAAGAGACUAGCUUCAGAAAAAAAAGAAAACCCAGUGAAGAAAGUGAUGGUGGCUCCUAGGAGUGAAGCUUCAGGGAAGGAGAUAACCUGCGAAAGCACCACCCCAUCCUGGGCGAGUGACCACAACUACAAUGCGGUGAAGCCCGCGAAGCCCGCCCUCUUGAGUAAAUCCAUGAAGGAGGACAGAAGGAUGGAGGACAGAACGGUGGCAGCAGCUGCAGCCCCAAAGAAGACAGUUCCUCCAGGUUCCUUGAUGGGCAGACAGACUUCACCUAGAAAUCCUGUUCCAAAGAAGCUUCCUCCUUAUGCUAACAUGGCAGGAGCCAAACCAACCAUUAAGAAGCUGCCCUCAGGCUUCAAGGGUACCAUCCCCAAGAGGCCAUGGCCUUCGGCCACCCCUUCAGGCACUUCUUCCAGGCAGGCAGGACCAACACCUGUGACAGCUGCUUCCAGAAAGUUGCCUGGUGCUGCUGCUGGGGUGGGAGUGGUGAGGAAGCCAGUGGCUGCCAGUGUCUCCGCGGCCUCUCCAGCCCCAGCACAGCCCAAUUCACAAAUUCGGCAAAACAUAAGGCGCUCCUUGAAAGAGAUUUUGUGGAAAAGAGUCAAUGACAGCGAUGACUUAAUAAUGACAGAAAAUGAAGUAGGAAAAAUUGCCCUCCACAUUGAGAAGGAGAUGUUUAACUUGUUCCAGGUUACUGAUAAUCGUUAUAAGAGCAAAUAUCGCAGCAUCAUGUUCAACCUUAAGGAUCCUAAGAAUCAGGGGCUUUUCCAUCGAGUUCUUAGAGAAGAAAUCUCCUUGGCAAAACUUGUCAGAAUGAAACCUGAAGAACUUGUAUCUAAAGAACUUUCCAUGUGGACAGAGAAGCCUACAAAAUCUGUAAUGGAGUCCAGGACUAAGUUGCUUAAUGAAAGCAAGAAGAACACUGCUAAGCCAGAAACUAUUCCUGACAUGGAAGAUUCUCCACCAGUGUCAGAUUCAGAAGAACAGCAGGAGUCAGUGAGAGCUGCCCCUGAAAAGAACACGACCCCUCUUCUGGAUGUCUUCAGCAGCAUGCUAAAGGACACCACAAGUCAGCAUCGGGCUCAUCUUUUUGAUCUAAACUGUAAAAUUUGUACAGGUCAGGUUCCAUCACUGGAGGAUGAACCAGCUCCUAAAAAGCAAAAGCUUUCAGCUUCUGUUAAGAAAGAAGACUUGAAGCCCAGGCAUGACAGUUUUCCAUCUGAUCCAGUUCCUACCACUGCUGAUGAAGGAAUUGCAGAGACACUGCCUGAAAAUGCCUCUGAGCCAGACCUGGAGAGUAUAUCUAGUCUGAACCAGGAGAGAAAAUGUUUCCCUGGGCCUCCAGGUGAUGGCCAGCCUGACCCCUCCCCACUGGAUGGCCUCUCUCCCUGCUCUGCCUCUGGUGGCAAUGGGGUGGUCACCACAGUCACUGUGUCUGGCCGAGACCCCAGGACCGCCCUGAGCGGGUCAUGCACAGUCACAGCCUCCAUGGCAGCCCACCUGGAUAACUCUCAUACUUCAGAAGCCAAACUGGACAUGAUAAAGCCUGCUUUGACUCCUGCAGUGGUGCCUAAGUCCAUACUGGCAAAGCCGUCCUCCUCUCCUGACCCAAGAUACCUGUCAGUACCACCAUCACCAAAUACGAGCAUUUCAGAAUCACGAUCCCCGCCAGAAGGAGACACAACCCUCUUUUUGUCUCGGCUCAACACGAUUUGGAAAGGAUUUAUUAAUAUGCAGAGUGUAGCAAAAUUUGUCACUAAGGCAUAUCCUGUCUCUGGGUGUUUGGAUUAUCUCAGUGAGGAUUUGCCAGACACCAUCCACAUCGGUGGAAGGAUUGCUCCAAAGACAGUUUGGGAUUAUGUUGGCAAGCUCAAGUCAUCCGUGUCUAAGGAGCUCUGUCUGAUUCGCUUCCACCCUGCCACUGAGGAGGAGGAGGUUGCCUACAUCUCUCUCUACUCCUACUUUAGCAGCCGUGGCCGGUUUGGGGUUGUAGCGAAUAACAACAGGCAUGUCAAGGACCUGUACCUGAUUCCACUGAGUGCUAAGGACCCUGUGCCAUCCAAACUCUUGCCCUUUGAGGGCCCAGGUCUUGAAUCACCACGUCCAAAUAUAAUACUUGGGUUAGUAAUAUGUCAGAAAGUCAAACGUCCUUCAAAUGCUGGAGAGUUAGACAAAAUAGAUGAGAAACGGACUCGACUCCAACAGGAAGAGGUAGAAACUUCAGUGUAUCCCAAAGUAACUGCAACUUUGCCAUCUGAGAAGAAGACUCCCAAAUACCACCUGCACUCUGCAGACACAGCUGCCAGCAGCACUACACCUCCUGAUUCUCCUCCACCCCCUCCUCCUCUUCCUGAACCCCCAGUAAUGAAAAUACUGUCAUCCGUCAAGCCAGGGUCCACUAGCGCCGUCACAGCGGCCACCACCUCAGCAAUGACGACCACCACAGCUUCCCCUGUUGUUUCUGCCACUUCAAAAACAGCCUCGCCUCUGGAGCACAUCCUGCAGACUCUGUUUGGGAAAAAGAAAACAUUUGACCCCUCCACGAAAGAAUCUGCUGGGUCUGUGUCUCAGGAUUCCAAGGCCAAGGGGGAGGAUGCCAUGUCGGCAGCUCCUUUGUUGGAUCCAAUUGUUCAACAAUUUGGUCAGUUCUCAAAAGACAAGGCUCUGGAGGAGGAGGAGGAAGAUGACAGGCCCUAUGACCCAGAGGAAGAGUACAACCCCGAGCGAGCCUUUCACAACACCCUGAUUGCUGAGCCAGGGAGACACCAUGACGUGGAAAAUGUUCCUGAGACAGCUGAGAAGGAAGAGGUGGCCUAUGAUCCAGAAGAUGAGACCAUCUUAGAAGAAGCUAAGGUGACCAUUGAUGACCUGCCCAAUCGGAUGUGCGUGAAAGCCAGCUCCGCAGAGAGGCCUGCUGACUUUACCACUGAUGCCACGAAUGCCUCUCUGGUAGAGCAGCAGAAAAUGUUAGAAGAGCUCAAUAAACAGAUUGAGGAGCAAAAGAGGCAGCUGGAGGAACAAGAAGAAGCCCUUCGGCAGCAGAGGGCUGCUGUUGGCGUCUCCAUGGCACACUUCUCUGUGUCAGAUGCAUUGAUGUCACCACCUCCCAAGUCUUCCCUGGCCAAGACAGACCUGUUCUCCCAGGAGCAACAGGCCCCAGACCCGAGUCAUGGGGCCUUGGGUGCCAACCACAACUUAGACUCAAGACAGAGUAGGGAUCCAAGGCAAGCCAGGAGACUGGCUGCUGAGAACACUGAGAAUGAACCUCUUCCCAGGGCUCCCACAGGAGGCACACCUGGCCCACAAGGUACCCUGCCUCCCAGGGAGACUACUGUUGCUGGGACCGCAGCAGCCCAGGGGCCUGGGCUGGCUCCAGAAGCCAAGGAACCAGUUGCUGUUCCCUGGGCUCCAGGCGAAAACACUGUGUUGAGACCUGAACAUGACAUUCAGAAGUGUGAGCACCCUGGUAACCCUGUCUCAUUGCCCCUGGACAGCAGUCACCUUCCUACUGCUGGUGAUGGCACAGCCAGGCCAGCAGCACCCCGCAGAGUGCUGCUGCCCACACCCCCAAGCACCGCCUUUCCACCCAGCUUCCCUUUGCACCCCGAAGAAGCCCAGAAUUUUAGUUCUGGAGGCAGGGAGCCUUUUCCAGGGCCCAUGUUUCAGGAAACAUCUCUUGGCUCAUCCCAAUUCGAGGACCCUCGGGGUGCACAAUCUGCUGGGAGGAGUGAGAGCCCAGUAGCUGAUACCGAGGACAGCAGAGAGCCACAGCCCAGGCCUGGUGAGGGCACUACUCCAUUUCCCCAAUCUGGGCAGAGGGGAGGGGGCCCUCAGCCCCAGUUUCCUGGCCAGCGUGAACCUUUACCACGCACUUUUGGGAUGUCAGGGCAUCAUGGCCCUGGUUUCCCAGGACCUAGGGGGCCAGUCCCUCCAUUUUCAGAAGAGAAUAUUGUUCCUAGCAAUGAUGGACCAAGAGGCCCUUCACCUGCCAAAUUUGGGACCCAGAAACCACCAAUCCCUUCCUUAUUCUCUGGGCAACAUGGGCCACCUCCCUAUGGGGACAACAGGGGACUCUCACCUUCCUAUCUCGGUGGGCCCAGAGGAGGAGCACCGGCCCAAUUUGAAGAACGCAAGGAUCCACAUGGGGAGAACAGGGAAUUCCAGGACGCUUCAUACAAUGAGAUGACAGGGGCCCCUGCUCAGUGUGAAGGGCCAGAUCAGGCUCCGUUCAUGGGGAACAGGGCACCCUUCCAGUUUGGAGGCCAGAGACGGCCACUUCUGACUCAGAUGAAAGGGCCCCGUGGAGGACCUCCACCAUCUCAGUUUGGAGGUCAAAGGGGUCCACCUCCUGGCCAUUUUGUGGGCCCACGUGGGCCCCAUCCUAGUCAGUUUGAAACUUCCCGGGGCCCUCACCCUGGCCAAUUUGAAGGGCCCAGGGGCCAAGCACCGGGUUUCAUGCCUGGCCCCCGGGGUGUUCAGCCCCAGCAGUUCGAAGAGCAGAGGGUGAAUUCACCACCACGGUUUGCAGGUCAGAGGGCACUUGCACCCCUGCCAUAUGGAGGACCAAGGGGUCCUGCACCCUUUGCUGAGAAAAAUGAACAGCCACCUCGAUUUCACUUUCAAGGCCCGUCUUCACAGCCUGUGAAGCCUCCCCCUCGGCCCCUGCUGGAGCUGCCAAGCCACCAUCCUCAGCAUAGGAAGGACCGAUGGGAUGAGGCAGGCCCAGCCACUGCCCUGCCUUCCAAUGCUGGACCUGGGCACCAGGGCCCUGAGACUGAUGGACAGUGGGCCUCAUCAGAGUACCGAGAAGGCAAAGGCCAUGAGUAUAGGAACCCGGCUUUUGAAGGGAGACAGAGGGAACGGUUUGAAUCGGGACCUAAAGAAAAGCCUCUGGAUGAGCCUGAAGCUCAAGGGUUAGAGAAUCGGCAGGGCCGGGCAUUUGAGGACCGGAGGCGAGAGCGAGAGAGAGGCCGAAACUGGAGUCGAGAAAGAGACUGGGAGAGGAGCCGGGAGUGGGACCGACAUCGGGAGUGGGACAAAGGCAGGGAUAGAAGCUCCAACAGGGACAGGGAGCGAGAUACCGACCGGGCUAAGGAGUGGGAUCGGAACCGGGAGAGAAGCAGGAAUCGCGACCGUGACCGGGAAAGGCGGCGAGACAGAGACAGAGACAGGUCCCGGAGCAGAGACCGGGACAGGGACCGUGAGAGAACCCGAGACAGAGAUCGGGACCGAGGCCGGGACCGGAAAGACCGCAGCAAGAGCAGAGAGAGCCCGCGGGACCUGAAGUCUGAGGCCAGGACCUCUGAUGCGGGCCCUGCUGCAGCCCAGGCCUAGGGGCCAUUGCACCUAGGGCUGGUGACCAGACAGACACUCUGGUGAGGACAACGACCUCGUGUCCGCUGUUGUUAAUAUAGGCUCAGCCUGGCAAAGACCUCUUUAAAAGCCAAGUGCAUAAAAUGUGUUGAGCAAAGAAUUUUUGAAAUAGCUAUGAAAUUAGAUACAGGAUAUAAUAUUCUGGACUUCAGGAAUUACUGUAAUUUUGUGUAUAAUGGUUUGUUACAAAAUUUCCCAACUUUACAAUUCUGAUGUUUUUUAAUAACUUAAUAUUUCCAUUUAAAAUUACAGAAAUGGGAAAGUAUCUACAAAAGCAUAUUGCUUUUUUUUCAGAUUAUAAAGUUAUCUUUUCCAAUAAUUUGACUGGUGUAAGUUUUAAGGGGAUUUCAGUGGACUGUAGAGCUAGCUUUCCCUGUGCUGCCAUCUCUGCUUCCGCAGACUCAGACCUAUCCAGGGACUCUCGGUGCUGUCCUGGGUGGAAAGCACUGUCAAGGGGUGGGCUGGGGGUGUGUGGUUGCAGCUGGGGGAGAACAGUCUUCCUAGGCCUGGCUCCCCACAAUGCAUCACUUUACAAGUUUUUUCAGAACAUAAUUAGAAAUAAUUCGUCCUAGUAGAAAUUGUUACAUUUUAAAUAACAGUUUAUUUUUAAAUGCUCAAAUUUAUCAGCCUAAAGAAAGAAAGUGGUUCAGAGUAGCUUAAGAGAAAAGAGGCAGGAGUCAGUCAGAAAAGCGUUGCCCAAUGCUGUCCUCUGAGUGGCUCUCCACAGAGUCAGACCCCGGACAGGUAAUGGGGUUGGAAACUUCAGUGGGGUGGGGCAGUGUUUGUACCAAAUCUGGAAGAGAGGAGGAUGCUGGUGAAACAGACUGCCUUGUGAAAGGCUACUCCCCUGCUGCCACAAGGAUCCUCUGAAGAUGCCGAGAAGGCCGGCUAACUUAUUUGACUGUGCAAAUAUGUUUGAUAGUUCCUUUUAUAUUUUCAUAAACUUACUUUUUCAGAUAGAGAAUUAGAGAGCUUCAUUUGUUCUUUGGAGUCUUUUAUUUCAUUGUACAUCACUACAGAUUUUUUUUUCACUUUAUAGCACAAAUUUUUUAAGUUGAGAAGACAUGGAAAAAUAGCAGUUUGGGAUAUUUGCUAUUAUAAACCAAAUAUCAGUAGGUUAAAUUACAUGACUGUCAGUUUCAACAUCUAAUAAGAUGUGAAGUUUUUUUUAACAUAUAAAGUAAAAUUUUCUAACUUAAAUGCACAAGCAUACAAAUCAAGUGUGUUUCUUUUAAGUUUACUUGGUAGAAGUUUCUGUACAUUGUAUUUUGUAUUGCAGAGUGUUAUAUAUCACUGUCCAUUUAAACACAGGACUUCAUAGGUUUUGUUACUUGAAGUAGAAUAAAUAUCUACAGAGUU